UGGCUGAUUCCAGCACAAAGCAGAGCGGGGUCGCGGCCAACGCGCGCUCCCAGCGCGCUCCUCUGCUAACGAGCUCAUCGCAUCCCAAAAAACAAGAACAGGGAGGGGUUUGCUUCUUAUUCCAGACAGUAAGAGUCAUAUUUAUGAAUGAUUUACUCCUGGGGUUGAGGGCUUGAUGCAAAUGAGCACAAAGGAAGUUGUCAGCAGCAUCGUGCUCUGGCCAAUGGAAGGAAAGCUCCAUCUUAGCUGUGCCAUAGGCUGCACUAAAAAAAGGGACCAGAACGGCGCUCUCUCAGCAUCCUUUCACACGAGAGGUAGCUCCCAAAUCUGUGACAGUGAGCAUACUCAGACAACUCUUCAAGAAUGGCAACCCUCAACAGCACUCACUGGAACGAGACUACAUCAAUUUCCCAGUAUCUGGGCUUCCAAGUGCAAAAAAUUUACCCUUUCCAUGACAACUGGAACACUGCCUGCUUUGUUAUCCUGAUCAUAUUCAUCUUCACUGUAGUUUCUCUGGUGGUGUUGGCUUUCCUGUACGAACUGCUGGACUGUUGCUGCUGCGUGAAAAACAAAACUGUGAAAGACUUGGAGAAUGAGCCCAAUCCCGUCAGAGCAAUGAUGAACAGCUUCAGGAAGCGUGAAACAGAGGUGGUGUAGGAAGCACUGAGCACCUGUACUUGGAGAACUUGGUUUGACACCUCGAAUGAAGCCUCUUGUACCUUACAAAUGAGCAAGUCAUGUGCUUUUUUUCUUUUGGACUUAAAUAUCCACGGCUGCAAUUCCAUCUCUGGAUGUGAACUGGAAUAAUUGGCAAUGGCUUUCCAAGUGCUUAGCAGAAGGACAAUCUAUUGCAGUGUUACGGGGGGAAAAAAAGAUUUUUGUUUUUAGAUGAACUUUUGCUGUUUAUAUUGAGUGACUAGCAUAGAGUUUUGUCUACCCGACCGAAAAAAUGUUGCCUGACAUGCAUAAAACCGUGAUACUUAACUGAAGAAAACACUUAUAAAAAUGUUCAACAGUCUGAUCACAUUCAGUGCAAAGACAGCAGUGUUGUCCCACUGAGUCAACCAGACAGGGACAGGAUAGACAGACAAGGGGUAAGAAAAAAGAUGGGACAGAAGGGUUGAAUGGCAAGGGACCCUUCAGGCAGGAGAGGAUUGGGUGAAUUCUAGCCUUCGGCAGCACUUUUUAUUAUGUGUUUCUUGCUUUUAGAAGAGAGGGUGGUGGGAGGAAAACUAAGCCAACAUAAAAUGUAUCCCUAAAAUGGUCUUUUCUAAUCCUCCUAAGGGUAGUUUGACCUUUUCUUCCCCCACUUCUCCAGUUCCAGAGAACUGUUCUCCCCUUAUUUCAUAUUCAGCCUGGCCAACGAUUUCUGGGUGUCGAGACCUGAGUAACCCAUUACCUUCAGAAUAUCUGACCCUUUGCACAAAAUCCUGCUGGAAAUAAACAGGGACGCUUCUCUGACCCAAGGCCAUUGCUUCCGUGCAAUUGCAACACUACAGGGAGUUGGACAUGCUGGAUCUAUCAUCCCUAUCCCAAACUUUCAAAGCUAAACUGGAACUGAUGGUGUUCUUGCCAAGGAACACAGCCAGAUGGGCCACAGACCUCCCACGCCGAAGAGGGGGGAUGUCACCCAGCCCACAUGAAGCUUUCAGGUGCCAACAUGUUUCACAAAGGAGGCCACAUCAGGAUCGGCCCUGUGCUAGAGAGGACUGCUUCACUUUGCACAAGAGAAUCUCACUUUGCUUCAUCUGCCUGCUGACACAUCCCAGGGUUCACACUCACCCCUUCCUCACAUCCUGAACAGAGAACUCUCACACCUCUGGCUCACCAGCUUAUUCACCCUCUGUAGCUGUGUUGUGUCUCUGAUUUUGAAAACCAUUCAAGUUGUGCAGUUACAAAUGACAACUGUAAUGACAGUGUCCAACAGCGCGGCCAUCAGCUAAUCCUGGCAAGUCCUUCACGCUCCUGAACCCACACAGAAAUGUCCCAGAGCAAAGCUACGUGUGGGACAAGUUAUUUAACUGUCUUAACCCCAGAUAACAUUCCUGUCAUGAAGGAAACAAAACCCACAGCCAUAAGUGACCUCACAGUCCAUCCAUGUCUGAAAAGCCUUUGUGCUAUGGCCAGUACCUAUAAUGACUAGCACAGCUAGCCCAGUGAUUCACCUGGAGAAGCAAACUCCCUCCUCCACUCACAAAACCGCACAACCAUUCAUCUCAGAUGCAUUUCUUAUAGUGCAGUUUGGCCAGGACCAGUCCCCCAUGCAGAGAAUGCUUCGAGCUCAAAAUCAAAAGCACAACUAGUGGCAGCUGAUGCCCCAAGUACAAGACAACUUCGGACUCACGCCAAGACAUACGAUGAAGAUAAUGUCAGUGGUGAUAACGAUGACUCAUGACCUUCUGCCGUAUGUGACGGCAUCAGCCUGCAAAGCCCUGAGAAGCCAUCGGGAUGCACUGAGUUAAUUCAUGUCUCUUUCCUAAAAGCAAAUGCUCUGGACACUUGCAGCAUUCCCACAAAAUGCCCACCGUGGCUGCACACAAGAGGGCAGUGUGCGCAACAUGCCAGCCUCUGCUGCUCCAGCGAUGCCUUCCUGAGAAGCACACGGAAUGACAAAUCUUGGGACGCAUCCCAGCCUUUUUAUUUCACAGGUCUAUAAAGAGGAAUGGAUGUGGGCACAAGGAACAGAAGACAAAGGUGUCCCCUUGCACAGCACUAGAGAAGACUCAGAAUGAUUCUUUUCCACAAAACAGCCCCUGAAGAUUUUGGCUCUUGACUUGGCAGAGACCACUGAGACAAAGGUCUUAAGACAAAGACCAUAGCCACAAUUUACUAUUGAGUAAUAAAAUGAAACAAACAGA